AUGUCCGAAUCUAAGCAGCCCCAUUUCGAAACUUUACAGCUCCAUGCGGGUCAUGAACCAGAUUCUGAGACCCAUUCGCGAGCAGUACCAAUUUAUGCAACCACGUCCUACACCUUCAAUGACUCCGCACAUGGCGCCAGACUCUUUGGUCUCAAAGAGUUUGGCAACAUCUAUAGUCGGAUUAUGAACCCCACUGUGGAUGUCUUUGAGAAACGUAUCGCUGCCCUUGAAGGUGGUGUCGCAGCCGUCGCCGCCUCUUCGGGUCAAUCUGCGCAGUUCAUGGCCAUAUCUGCCCUUGCCCAUGCUGGCGAUAACAUCGUGUCCACCAGUAACCUGUACGGUGGCACUUAUAACCAAUUCAAAGUCCUAUUCCCUCGAUUGGGAAUCACAACCAAAUUCGUCCAGGGAGACAGCCCGGAGGCCAUAGCUGCAGCCAUUGACGACCGUACGAAGGCUGUUUAUGUUGAAACUAUCGGAAACCCCCGCUAUAAUGUACCCGAUUUCGAAGCCAUCGCCAAGGUAGCCCACGAAAAGGGCGUGCCUCUAGUGGUCGACAAUACAUUCGGCGCCGGCGGCUAUUAUUGCCGUCCCAUUGAGCACGGCGCCGACAUUAUUGUACACAGCGCCACCAAGUGGAUUGGAGGUCACGGCACCACAAUCGCUGGUGUAGUUAUUGACAGUGGGAAGUUUGACUGGGGAAAGAAUGCAGCACGCUUCCCACAGUUUGUUGAACCUUCCGAAGGCUACCAUGGCUUGAAGUUCUGGGAAACCUUUGGUCCCCUUGCUUUUGCCAUUCGGGUGCGAGUGGAGAUAUUGAGAGAUGUUGGAUCAGCUCUGAACCCUUUUGCUGCGCAACAGCUUCUCCUCGGCAUCGAGACCUUGAGUUUACGUGCCGAGAGACAUGCAAGCAAUGCUAUAAUACUGGCCAAUUGGCUUCGCAAAAAUGAACACGUCUCUUGGGUCUCAUACCCAGGAUUGGAGGACCACCCGAGCCAUGAGACGGCGAAGCGCUAUCUCAAGCAUGGCUUUGGUGGCGUUCUUUCUUUUGGGGUCAAGGGAGGUGCUGCCGCUGGCAGUCAAGUGGUUGACGGCUUUAAGUUGAUCAGUAAUCUCGCAAAUGUUGGGGAUAUGAAGACCCUCGCUAUUCACCCUUGGUCCACGACUCAUGAACAGCUUACCGUGCAGGAACGCAUUGACUCUGGAGUCACUGAGGAUGGAAUCCGCAUCUCGGUGGGUACUGAGCAUAUCGACGAUAUCAUUGCCGACUUUGAGCAGUCGUUCAAGGCUGCUAGUGCUCUGUAA